UCCGAAACGUUUUGGAAUAUAAACAGGGCGGUGUUUUGAAUAAAAACAGGACGAGGGAUAAUGUUCAGAAAACCAGAAGAGAUGUACAUCAAGGUAAAUCUAGGUCUUGAAAUAAUGUUAUAAAGCUCGAAAAGAAUGGGCUGUUGCUAUGGAUGGAAAUCGUUGGGUCUUUCAUAUCCUAGAUGUUUCAGCCUAAAAUCUUUCUCGGAUAUAGAGGCUGGAGACCUAUAUGUUGCGCUUCAACAAGUCGAGGCAGAUAAGGAAUUGUGCGUGAUUUAAUUAACGGAACAGAAAAAUAUGUGUCAGCGCUAGAAUUUAGGACAAUAAAUCAAACUUCGGCUUCCAAACAGAAAGCAGCAGGAUCCGAAGCACAUUUCAAGAACCCAAAUAAGAAAUUAGCAUCUAAAAUGAAGGUCAUGGUUCUAAAGCAAAAUCGAACAGCGAAGUACAGAUUCGAGAGAGGUCCAAGUCUACUGAAAAAGUACAAACAUGGAACUUAGAAUACAGAAGACGAAGAGGUCUAUCUUCUGGGAUAUAACGCCGUGUAGUCCUGUGAAAGCCAAGUGACGUUUCGGAGGUCUGACAAAGAAGCAGUCUAAAGCAUUAGCAAAAGAAGUAUUUCGGGCACUCCAGAUACCAUGCUCCUGGUGGCAUUCACGAGGAAAUGUAACCGAAAGUGAGUAUUCUGCAGUUCCACUCCUUCGCCUGCACGAAGACGUGUCGCACAAUUAUUAGUGACUAAUGUAUUAAUAUUCGUGCAUUUCAUGUUACGAACUAAGGCAUGAAUUCAUGGAUAUUUUUCAGAAAAUGAACUGUAUAUACUCGUAUGAGUACUACUCAGAUACUAGCUUCAACACUGCAGACCCUACAUAGGUUUACUGGCAUAUAAAAUACAACAGAUGACGGAAUAUAUUAAUAGAUUUACGCUAAACACAUGUGUCUGGUGUUUAGGCAUUCGCUCUAUCGAUCGCCAAACGUCGCAACACACAACGCCGAUCGUAAUACGUGUAAUUUUCAUUCAGGCGCCCACGUUGCCAGGAGGUGGAUAAGAAAGGGUACAGAACAUUUCCACAAGCGCACCCUUAACGUCAUUAUAAAACUUCACGAGAGUUGUUUCAUCACACAAGCACAUCCAUGUGGAGAAAACUAUAUAUAUGAAGAAUUGUAACAGCAAGUUCCUAGGUGAAAACCAUGUUUGCUGCUAGGUGAGUGCUAGUCUUAAUUAAAGACAUGAACACGUACCGCCUGGAGGCCAAAACUCCAUUCAAGCCGGAUCACGUAAAUCAAGUGAUUCGCACCCUCAUUGACAAUGAGCUGGAUGGUGUAAAAUAUGACCCUGAAACUUGUGCCAGGCUGUGUCUGACCUUGUCUGCAGAACUGCGAUCCAGGGUCAAGGUCCUGGGGUAUGAUCGGUGCAAACUAGUGUGCACAGUGGAAAUUGGAGAGAAGUGUUCACAGAGUGUGUGUUCUGUGGUCAGGUUCCUCUGGGAUGUUGAUCGUGACAAUUAUGCUUUCUACACAUAUGAAAACACACAUAUCUAUGCAGUGGCAUGUGUGUAUGGUUACAUACCUCUGAAAAUGCCACCUCAAGCAGAGUCCAUGCAUACAGAUCUGUUUUAACCCUGG